GGUGCCCAAGGCAGACACGAGGCAGACCACGACCCUGAAGGGAGCCGCAACAAGCAACCAUGCGCACCAAACACUUCCCGUGCGGGGAAAUGCGGCUCUUCAGACCGGGCACCGUGCCCAAGGCUGCGUUGUUCUUUUCUCCUAACCACCAGACAUCGCCCACCAGGUCAGGCUCCACGAAACGAGAAGUUUGCCUACCACAACGCUAGCCUCAGAGAUCUGCCUUGACUAGGCAACUUCGACAGUGUGUCAAGGCACUAGCCUUUGCCGCCAUGGCUUCAGACGAGGCCACCGAGGUUCCGUACGAGUUGUGUGUUCAAGGUCCCACCGACGACCAGCCUGUGAGACUCAAGCUCGGCUUCCGCGAUACCGUGGCCAAGUUCCUGUCCCAGAUGGCCGAGCGGCACCACGCCGCACCCGAGAAGGUGUUCCUGGUCGUCGACGGGAACUUGACCGAGGCGCUGUUACCGUUCGCCCACAAACCCGAUCUCACCCACAGCUACCCGAUGGCGCAGCUGGUGCCCCACGGGGGAAAGGUGGGCAUUCAGAUCGGGCUCGGCGGCGCCAGCGCUUUUGGCCCUUUCAUCCUGGGCCCGCCCACAGCCUCACAUCCCACUGCAGUCACGGGCGAUACCUAUGAAAUAACGCAUGUCAUUGCGCUGGAUGGCGCCAAACAGAUGACCGAGGCCGAAGUCACCCGGACCGGUGAGAAAAUCCGCGCCGUGAUACAGAAUGUUUAUGCCGCCGGCUCGCAGACGAAGCAGUACAGCAGGAUUAUGACGGCGGAUCAGCUCAAGAAGACCAGGAUACUCGACAUGAUGGAGGAAAAUGAGGCUUUGAAGGGUGUUGAUCCCCAAGUGGCAUUGCAGAAGAUGUUGGAACUCUGAAGGAUGAAUAAGUAUACAUUGUUGGCCUGGGGGCGGGGGCCAAAGGGCAGGCCUCGUGUUUGCCACAUUCGCUAUAGCUUCUCUGCGUUUGGGUUAGCCUCGUUCGGCGCCAUCCGCUCUCGAGCAAGACCACUGGUAUCUGUUCAAU